AUGGCAGCUGUUGGAGUUGCGCGCCCGAACCAUGGUUCUGCAGCUGCGGAACGUGGGGAAAACCGAAAAUUUGCAACGCCAAGACCGACCAGAAUCAACAACGCGACUAGCAUGGACCAGCUGAUUAAUGGCGCGAAUGCCGUGAUUCGACACAUGGAGAACACCAGGCAGGACGAGCCAAUCGUCACCCGGUUCGCCAUCACGGUCCGCCAGUUCGCUGAGCAAGCGAAGACAGGCGGCGCUCAGGGGGAGAUGGCAAAAGUGAUCUCUGCUCUUGAAGCAAUUGCCGCUGACACGCAGCGCUUAAAUACCAGAAUUGAUAGCAUCGAAAAGUCCGCCAGCUCGUCAACCGUAACUUCCGCUUCAACCCUAUCCUCGACAGACCGCUGGAAAGCGUUCCGGGCGGGCGCCUGGCAGCACCAGACGGCCUCCGCUAAUCCCCCUAUCAACCGAAGCGACGGCACGGCGUCGCCAGGCGUGAGCGAGGUCGAGCUCCGCGAAGAUCGAUCCAUCACGGCGCGCUCGAAGACCUCCGCCGCGCUGGCUGGUAACGCGGAAUUUCUCGCUGCUCGUGUGCUGCCAUCUGGAGAUGUCUCGCUACUGGCUAACUCCGCUGCUGGCGCGGAGCUUCUCCGCGUCCACCACGAGGGAUGGUUACGCAUGUUUGGCAUAGCAGCACGGAUCCAGAGUCCAUCGUGGGGCGUCGUCGUGCAUGGAUUGCCAAUCCGGAGCUUCCAGCUCACGCCUGAGACUCGAGAGGGCUUAGUUAGUGAGAUUCAGCGGCAGAACGUGUUGAAUUGGGGUGGAAAGGCGAAGAUUGUCUACCUUGACUGGCUUACCCGCCCGCGUGGAGAGAGCCAGCGUGAAGCGUCGGUGGUUAUGGAAUUCGACAAUCCAGCAGUUGCCAAUCAAGCAAUUGACCAGGGGUUAUACUGGAAUUCUGAAGUCCACUCCGUCGUCUUCUUCUGUCGAGAUGGUAGGGUGAAGCUGUGUCGCAAGUGCCAGAAACCAGGGCAUGUUCAAUCACACUGCCCACACAGAAACUUCACAUGCGGUCACUGCGCGGAAGAGCACCCGACCUGGGAGUGCCCUUCUACGCGUGGCGGCGUCAUCCGAAUCAAGUGUGCUAACUGCUCAGGUAAUCACCGGCCCACAAGCUUGGAUUGCCCGGUCAAGAGAGAGGCAAAGGCCAAGGCAGAGCAGAUACGUGCGGAAUGCCCGCCAUAUCACCGUGUGCCUCUCCAUCUUCGCACACCACGUGCUCCAGCUCCAGCUCCAGCUCCAGCUCCAGCUCCAGCUCCAGCUCCAGCUCCAGCUCCAGCUCCAGCACGAGCUCCAGCACGAGCUUCAGCACGAGCUUCAGCACGAGCUCCAGCGCGCGUCCCAGAGUUCAAUUUCACACCACAAGCCGGGCUUAAAGACUCGGUGCAUGCUCCAGCGAACCGAUUCGACUUCCAGUUCAGCCAAUCGGCCAGCCAGCGUACAGUUCCACUCGCCAGCCAGCGUACAGCUCCACCAGCCAGUCAACCAGCAAGCCAGCCAGCGGUCCAGAGGACCAGGGGCCGACCCAAGGGCUCGAAGAAUAAGUCAAAAACCUCCACUUUUAGCGACAAGAGCUUACCCACACAGCCAGAGCUCACGGAGACCGCCCUCACCAUCACGGAGCAUGCCCGGAACUCUCGCUCUCGGCAGCGUAUACUCCAGGACCCCAUAUCGGAUCCAGAACGUCUCCUACAGCACAAGAAACGCCGCUUCGAAGAGCCCCAGAUCGACAUAGAAAACGACCAGGUUAUGCAGGCCAGAUCUCCAUCUCCAGCUCUAGCUCCAGCCAACCCAGCCAUGCAGCUACUUCAAAGCGCUAGGGAACAGCUCGGUAUUCAAGACCCCCCACAAGAGCAGCUCACACGCACACGCCUACGAAUCCUCCCACCACAUCCCCCAGCUCCAGCGCCCACAGAGGAGACGCUUCCACCAAGCCACGGUCUCCACUUCAGCGAUAUCUUCGAUGUGGAUGCAGAUAUAUAUCAUAUCCGCAGCACACCCCCACAACCAGAGCCAGAAGAAGAGUUCUUCCACGAGGCUUCAGAAUACAGCGACGACCAAGACAACCUCUCAUCUAAUGAAUAA